AUGGACAAUUUCAACUUCUCCACCACAGUGGCUUUUUGGGAAGAAAAUUCAACAACUUCUGGUACAGCCUUUCUUUCUGGAAAUUUAUCCCUAGCUUCUAGUCUAGGCCUAGAUAUUAGUGGUGUCCUUAUUCCUCUGGUAUAUCUCAUUGUCUGUGUUGUAGGACUAGCUGGAAAUUCUCUAGUCAUUUAUGUGGUUUUGUGCCAUUCAGUGAGUGAAUCAGUGACUAACAUCUAUAUCUUCAACUUGGCACUGGCAGAUGAACUCUUUAUGCUUGGCCUACCCUUCUUGGCAGCACAAAAUGCUUUAUCAUAUUGGCCUUUUGGCUCAUUUAUGUGCCGUCUAGUGAUGGCUGUGGAUGCCAUAAACCAAUUUACUAGUAUUUUCUGCCUCACCGUGAUGAGCAUUGACCGCUAUCUAGCUGUGGUGCACCCUGUGAAAUCCUCAAAAUGGCGGACAGUCCGAGUCGCUAAGACUGUCAGUGCCACUGUGUGGGUAGUCUCAUCUGUGGUGGUACUGCCUGUGGUAGUGUUUUCAGAAGUCCCUCAUGGUAUGAGUACAUGCCACAUUAAAUGGCCUGAGCCUGCUUCAGUAUGGAAAGCUGGUUUCAUCAUCUACACAGCUACACUCGGCUUCUUUGGGCCACUGCUGGUAAUCUGCUUGUGUUACCUGCUUAUUGUUGUCAAGGUUCGUUCAUCAGGCAGAAAGGUGCGAGCAGUGACAGCUAAACGCAAACGCUCUGAACGGAGGAUCACACGCAUGGUAGUAAUUGUGGUGGCAGUCUUUGUACUCUGUUGGCUACCUUUCUAUAUGCUCAACAUCAUCAACGUCAUCUGGACUUUGCCUGAGGAACCAUCACUCUUUGGUAUUUACUUUCUGGUUGUUGUCCUGCCCUAUGCCAACAGUUGCACCAAUCCUAUCAUCUAUGGCUUCCUCUCCUAUCGGUUCAAACAGGGUUUUCGCAAAGCCAUCUUGAGACCCUCCCGCCGAGUGCAGAACCAAGAAGUAGCCAUGGCAACAACUGCAGAUAAUAUGAUGGAGGAGGAAGAUGGGGAGGAGGAGGAGGAAGAAGAAAUGUUAGCUAAAGUAAAGGAGAUCAGCAAGAUUACCCAAAAUGGUAAUGGAGGACAGCAAGAGAGUGAACCUGCCAGUGAGCCAGGAAGAGACAGUGAACACAAGCCAAAUACUGAAGAGCCCAUAAGUGGUGAGAAGCCCAACAUAGUUAACAUCAGCUGUUUAUAG